AGAACAGACACCGACUGAUCGAAAUCAGUCCCACACUCAUCUUGACCACCCAUCUUUGCUCAAACUGUGAGCCUUUUAAACUCUUAUUUCUUGACUUAUUUUUUCAUCAAAGAAUCAAUAAUUAGCGAGAGAUAAGAAUUAUUACAUAUGUCUAAAGACGGUGCAGUGGAGGAAUUUAAGGCUCCUUUAUUGAAGAAUUCAGGUGAUAUAGUUAAACAAGAAAAAGAAGAUGAUGAUGGUCAAGAAUAUAAAUUUCCAAGAAAAUUUUGGAUUGAGUCAAAAAAGUUAUGGCCGAUUGUUGGUCCUGCGAUCUUUAGCCGUCUGACUUCUUUUUCAAUGAUUGUUAUAACUCAAGCUUUUGCUGGUCAUUUGGGUGAUCUUGAACUUGCUGCCAUCGCCAUUUCUCAUAAUGUUAUUCUUGGCUUUGACUUGGGCCUCCUGUUGGGAAUGGCCAGUGCAUUAGAAACAUUAUGUGGGCAAGCUUAUGGGGCGAAAAAAUACCAUAUGCUGGGAGUAUACAUGCAACGUUCAUGGAUAGUAUUAUUUGUAUGUUGCAUUUUGCUUUUGCCUCUCUAUAUCUUCGCCUCUCCGAUGCUAAAGCUAUUAGGGCAACCACACGACGUCGCAGAAUUAUCCGGCGUAGUAACCAUGUACAUGAUACCACUUCACUUCGGCUUCGCGUUUCAGUUCCCAUUACAGAGAUUCUUACAAAGCCAGCUCAAGAAUGCAGUCAUUGCAUGGGUUUCUUUAGUUGGUCUGGUGGUGCAUGUGUUCGUGAGUUGGCUUUUAGUGUCGAGAUUUCAGCUUGGUGUGAUCGGAACCGCCAUGACUUUGAAUUUUUCUUGGUGGAUUAUUGUUUUUGGGUGCUUUGGGUACUCGGUUUUUGGUGGCUGUCCUCUUACUUGGAAGGGUUUCUCCGUUGAAGCUUUUUCUGGUCUCUGGGAGUUCACUAAACUCUCUGCUGCUUCUGGUGUCAUGCUCUGCUUGGAGAAUUGGUACUACAGAAUACUUAUCUUGAUGACAGGAAAUUUAAAGAACGCAGAAAUUGCAGUUGAUGCGUUGUCUAUAUGUAUGACCAUCAAUGGAUGGGAGAUGAUGAUUCCUCUCGCAUUCUUCGCAGCUACCGGAGUAAGAGUAGCAAAUGAGCUGGGAGCUGGGAAUGGAAAAGGAGCUAAAUUUGCCACAACUGUAUCAGUGACAACAUCAGUUAUUAUUGGAUUUUUCUUCUGGAUAUUGAUUUUAUUAUUUAAUAAUCAAUUGGGUUGGAUAUUCACCUCAAGUCCACCUGUUCUUACCGCAGUAAAUAAACUCUCUGUUCUUCUAGCUUUUACUGUUUUGCUCAACAGCGUUCAACCUAUUCUUUCAGGGGUUGCUGUUGGAUCAGGAUGGCAAAAGUAUGUGGCAUAUAUAAACUUGGGUUGCUAUUAUUUGAUUGGAGCUCCACUUGGAUUCUUAAUGGGCUGGUUUUUUGACCUUGGGGUUAUGGGAAUUUGGGCUGGAAUGAUUUUUGGUGGAACGGCAAUUCAAACCUUGAUAUUGGCUAUCAUUGUCCUUCGAUGUGAUUGGGAUAAAGAGGCUGAAAUAGCAAGCAUGCGUGUCCAAAAAUGGUCCGAGGUUAAAUGAAUUAUUACAAAUACAUAAUAAUUUUUUAUGAAUAAAUGCUAAUCAUAUUGUAAUGUAAAAAGAGACAGAUUCCUCAAUUCUAUAGCAGUAGAAAAGUAUUUGGCUCUA